AUGCCCCCAUUCCUGCCGCGCAAACGUCUGCGUUCAACCUCUCCCGAAGCAGGGCCCUCUCAGCCAGCCACGACAGGCGAGGCGAAAUCCGCAUCCACGACCCCGCGAAAGCCCACACUCUUCGACGACCUAGAUGCUGGGACCGGAAGCAAGCGUACAGCCGAGCAUAACAAAGCCCUGUUAGAAAAACUCACUGCGACCGACGACGAAAGCACCCUUUCCUCGCUCUCCGACGACGAUGAAUUCGAAGAUGUGCCCAGCGCAAAGCGGCAGAAGGUGGACGAAGAGUCAGAGGACGAGGAUGAGGACAUGGAAUUCGAGGAUGUCGAGACAAAUGCUGCGCCUGCUCCUUAUGGACCCAUACCCUCGGGUGAUUUAGAGUUGACGCUCAGGAAAGAUGAGCGGGUUUCUAUAUCCAAUCCCCUGGGAAUGAAGAAGGGACCGAGCAAGAUUGAGAGGCAGAUUCGGGUUGCUACACACCAGAUUCAUGUGCAGAUGCUUAUGUUCCAUAAUGCGGUUCGGAAUGCGUGGUUAUGCGAUCAGGAGUUGCAGCAGAUAUUGGUCAAGCAGUUGUCUCCGGGGGUUGUGCAAGAGAUUGAGAGGUGGAAGAGGAACAGUGGGUUGGAGGUGAAAGAAGAGACUCCGAAAGCCAAGGGGAAGGGGAAGGCUAAGAAUGCGAAAGGCAAGAAGCCGGAUGUUAGGAGUCAACGGGAUUGGGGUCAACCUGCAGAAAGAUUGGCAUCCGGUGAAGUUAAUAUGAGCCGUGGAGAUCCUCUCUUCAGGCUUCUUCAGGUUUUGAUGAAUUAUUGGAGGCAACGAUUCAGGAUCACGGCUCCUGGCUUACGAAAGCUAGGUUAUAUGUCUCUUGAGAGAUUAGACCAAGAAACGAAGAGUUUCGAAAAAGAAGACCACGACCCGGAACGGCACGGCGAAAGAAUUCGAGAUUUAAAGGAAUUCAAAGAAUGUGCAAAGUCUAUGGAGGGAAGUCGAGAUGUUGGUGCACAGCUUUUUACCGGUUUAUUGCGUGGACUGGGGCUGGAAGCAAGACUCGUGGCGAAUCUACAACCUGUUGGAUUUGGAUGGAGUCAAGCUGAAGAAGCCUUGGAGAAGAAUCCUCGAAAGUUGAAGAAGCCGAAGGACGUGAACAUAUCUGAUAGCUCCAGCGACGAUAGCGCCAGCGAAGAAGAGAAGCCUACACCUAAGUCUACCAUCAAGAAGAAGGGGAAAGCUCCGGUGAUACCUAAGAAGGCCUCAAAAACUACCCCUAAAUCUGCGCAGCGGAAUUUACGAGGCGAUGGCCAAAAAGGUGCCCCUAUAGAUUUGUCAGAAUCAGAAGGACCUAUCGAAAGUGACAAUGAAUCUGUCAUCGAUGUUACGCCAGCCAAGAAACGCACGCAGGCCUCAUUACCCUAUGAUAAAGAUCUUGUUACUCCAUCAUACUGGACGGAGGUAUUAUCACCUAUUACAAACACUUACACUGCAAUCGACGUAGUUGUUGCCCACAUUCUAGCAACGAAAGAAGAGCUCCUCGAGAAGUUCUUACCUCCUACCAAGUCCGAAAAGGCUAAACAUAUCACAUCAUAUGUCAUUGGACAUUCUCUAGAUGGAACGGCGAAGGAUGUCACCACACGGUAUCUGAAAGGUCAUAUGUGGCCUGGCCGUACGAAAGGAAAUCGGCUGCCAGUCGAGAAAGUACCUAUUCAUGACCGACGAGGAAAGAUCAAGCAUUAUGAACAAUACGAUUGGUUCAAAACAGUCAUGAGUGGCUAUGUUCGAGGCAGCCAGAAAUGUCCUCGCACCGAAAUCGACGAUCAUGAAGAAGCCACCGUCUUGAAGCCGGUAAAGCGCGAGAAGAAAGUAGUGGAAGAUGGGAAGGAGUCUCUUCAGUACUACAAGACGUCUUCGGAAUUCGUCCUCGAGAGACAUUUGAAGCGAGAAGAAGCUCUUGUGCCAACCGCCAUCCACGCCAAGAUGUUCACGGUCAAAGCAAAAGGCGACAACUCUACCGAAGAGAAAGUUUUUCUCCGCAAAGAUGUUGUGGCAUGUAAGAGCAUGGAAACAUGGCAUAAAGAAGGCCGAGCCCCUACCCCGGGCGAAGAGCCUUUGAAACGAGUACCAUAUCGAGCUGCCACGACGAACCGCAGACGGGAACUUGCAGAGGCAGAGCAAGCGAGUGGAGCAAAAGUCCUGCAGGGAUUGUAUAGUCGCGCUCAAACUGAUUGGAUUAUUCCGCCUCCGAUUCAGAAUGGGAUUAUACCGAAGAACUCGUUUGGAAAUAUCGAUUUAUAUGUUGAUAGCAUGCUUCCAGAAGGUGCAGUUCAUAUCCCCUACAGAGGAACGAUGAAGAUCUGCAAGCGGCUUGGGAUUGACUAUGCAGAAGCUGUCACGGGGUUUGAGUUUGGACAUCGGAUGGCGGUGCCUAUUAUCACGGGAGUUGUGGUCGCUGAAGAGCACUACGAUACUAUGAUAGCAGAGUUUGAGAAAGAUGAAGUGGAGAGAGUGAGGAAAGAGGAUGAGAAGAGAAGGAAGCUUGUGGUUAAUACAUGGAGGAAGUAUUUGAUGGGAUUGAGGAUUGUUGAGAGAAUGAGAGAGGAGUACGGUAAUGAUGAUGGUGGAGACGAAGUUGAUGUUUUAAAUCCAUGGACGAACAAGAAGAGGGAGAAAAAAGCUGACGAAGAGACGGAGGCUGAACGUCGAAUUAUGGAGCAGAGAGAUGAAGACAAUGCUGGUGGUUUCUUUCCUGAAGGCCAUGAGGAAGAGGAGCUGGAUUCGCAUCGUUCGUCUGGCUUCUUCCCUGUGGCACAUGGUGAUGACGACGACGAUGAUGAUGCUGGUGGUGGCUUCAUAGUGGAAGGUCAUGAUGAGGAGUCAACUACGCCAGCAAUCAGCCAGGCAUAUGCUACACCUCAAUCGCUGCUGUCCAACGGAAACCCCGCAGCUAAUCAGAAGUCUGAGGAUGAAGAGCUGGAGGAUGAAGAAAUAGAAGAUAUAAAACCCCAAGUCAAAGCUCCAGCUCCCAAAAAGCGCGGCAGACCUAAGAAAACCCCAACACCUAAAUCUACCUCGAAAGCUCUUCCCAAGGCUAAAACUCCCACCAAGCAAAAACCCUUCACUGCUUCACGAAGCAUGGGAAAGCGCAAGCGACUCAUCGAGGACAGCGAGGGUGAGGGUGAUGGUGAGGGUGAAGAAAACGAAACCUCACUAUCCCCACUCGAACCAGACUCGGAAAGUGAAACACCGCAAAAGCCGGCCCCCAAAAAAGGAGUGCGCAAAGCGAUGUCUGCUAAGACGCCAGCAGCUCCGCGCAAGACACCGAAGAGAAAGGCUGCGCGCAAGAGUCAGACGGCGUUGAAGUCGCAUUAUUUUGAACACGAGGAAGAUGAGGAAGAUGAUGAAUAA